AUGAGCUAUUACCGGUCACUCACCGAAACUAAAAAUCCCGAGGAAGCACUCUCUCUGCUAUCGCAGUAUCUGGAUGCGGUCAAGUUUCUGGCUCUCACAGACACCGAAAGUAGCGGUAACGUCCUCUCGUAUCUAGAUCUCUACUUUGAUAAUGUCUUCGUCAACCCUGAAACACAUCAAAUCACUCGGAUUGCUGAUUGGCAAGGUGUUACCGUUGCUCUGCUGUUUUUCCAUACGGAUGUCCCCACAGUGUUUCGAUAUGAUGGUUAUGUUCGAAAAAGAUGGGUGGUCGCUUGUCGCCCUGAAAAUUUCAAGAUCUCGAUGAUAAAGAGAACGAAAGAGUCAACAAGGCAACAAAGGCUAAAUUAUGCACAAAUACUACCAGGCUCAGAUAUGCAAACAGGCUCCUUCAUUGGCCUCUUAUCCCUUCGUCAGCGCCCCGUGAGCCUCUCGGAACAGGAACUCGAAUUGCAUCGUAAAGAGGAAGAGAAUAUGGACAGCGUGGGUCAAAUGCUCAAAGUCCUUCGAGAUGAGGGAAUGUUAUCCGCUGAUGGCAUGUUCCACCUCCGAGAUUACGAUGUUGCGGUGGAAAAUGUUAAGAAAUUCAGAAGGGCUUUUAUCGGUUUGACAAAGGAUGAUGAGGAGAGACACCGUGUUUCGAGGCUCUGGCCAUAUCAGGCUGACGGCUAG